CUUCCUCCAUUUCUUGGCAUUAUCGAAAUUCGUUGCGGAAGUUCGCACCGACAGUUCGCACAAAUUCGGCGCAAACCCGGUCGACUAUUUGUACCUCUUUCAAAGCGCGGCCACCCUAUGGAACUACAUAUUUUUAACGUACUUCAUCUUCUUCAGGAUGUCCACCGUCUUGCCGGAAGUUCUUAAUAAGUGCGAAAAUAUGGUUAAGAAACCAGUUUGGAAAUUGACCGGGUAUCUGCACAAAGCUUGCAGCCACUUUCUCAUCACCGUUUUUACUCUCGUCUCCACGUCACGCUGCUUCAUCGAAUUUAUCCUGUACAAUCCAAACGAAAAUGAGCAACAAUUUUUCCACACAAAAUUUCACAACGAUGUGAUCUCUCUAAAGCAAACCUUGACCAGGAAGAUACCCUGGAUUUCCUAUUUUUAUGAUGACCUUACAACUGACUUGGUUCAGGACAACGUGACCUCCGACUGGUCCGACGUGUUGCUUGGUUGCUUCGACAUACUUUCCAACUUUGCAGGCAUCCUUAUCCCAUUUUGCGGGGAUUGGUUCACGCUAGUCAUCGCGUUUACGUUGUGGGUGCCGUCCUACCACUUUUAUAAAGUGGUGGAGGAAGAUAAGUUAGUCGUUCCUGAGAUUUUGGAGAUGUACGAGGAUCUAAAAACCCUAUCGGACUUGAUGAACGUCGCUUUCUCCAAAAUCAUGCUUCCGUACGCGGCCGACGUCAUGUUCUUCUAUGCCACGCACCUCCUCGACAUUGUCGCGAGUAAGACCAGCCCUGCCAAACUUUAUCUCGCCCUGGCCUUUUUGGUCGUCAUGCUAACAAUUUUACUGUUAGCGGAUGCUUCUCGAAGGACGGAUGGAUUGCGAAAAUGGCUGAUGAAACGACACGUUCGAAAGGCCAUGGAAAACGACCCUCUCCUGUUCAUUAGUUUGACCCAAGACGCCGCCUCACAUCCCGUCGGAUUAAGCGGUGAUGGGAUAUUCAUAUAUAACUAUAACUUCGUCUUUGGGAUACUCAACACCCUAUUGACAAUUUUUAUAUUGUGUGUCCAAUUUCAACACACGGAUAAACAAACUUGAACAACAAACGGCAUCGUAAUGCUCUCAUUAACACGCCAGAUCCGAUUUGUAUUUGCAAUUUGUACCUAUUUGCGAUACACUUUGGAAAACCAUUUAUUUCAAAUAAUAUAUACUAUUAAGAUGUGCACGAUUUAUUACAUAAAAUUUUUGGCACAAACAUUAGCAGGAAAUGGAACAACAUAACCCAAUAUUUAAUUCGGGUGCGGUGUUUCAUGGACUGGUUUGGCGGAAUGAAAUAGCAGUUAAAAUUAGUUUUCGAAAAUCAUUCAAACUGAUUAUCAUGUAAAUUUAAAUUUGUGUGAAGGGAUUAUGCAAAAUUCUGGUAAACUAUGUAUGCAAAUAUUGUACAUAUAAUGGCAAUCCCUUGUCUGCAUAAAUAUCUAUGUUUCUUCAUGUGAAUGUAUAUUGUGCAGAUCUUUGUAUAAUCCGAAAUUUAGAAGACCUUGCUAAAAUUUUUAAAGAAGAAGAGACAUUCUUCUUAUGACAUACAUAAAUGAUGUUUUAAAGUAUGAUAUCAUUUUUACAUACGUAAAUUAUUACCUAGUUCAACAGUAAUCUUAGCAGA